UCUUUGCUAGGCAGAUAGAGAUAUAUAAGCUUCUCUGUCCUAUGCCUGCCUGGCUACUACCUGCCUAAUAUCUAUCCAUCCAUCUAUCUAUUGAAAAUCUCAUACUGUCUACUGUCAUUUAACUACCUCCAUACCAGCCUUUCUCUGCUAUUAUAUCUCCCCGCACAGACAAUUCCCAUCACAGUUCCAUACCAUCGCCCCAUCUCCUCCAUUUCCACCUCAACUAGCUCCAUACCAAUCUCCCAAAAAUGAGUAUCGGCAAGAUAAUUGGAAAGAUCAUCAUUAUCCCCAUCCUCGUCAUUAUCUUCAUCUGCGUCUGCAUCUACUUCCUCAUCAAGCAUCGUCGCGACCGCAAGCGCGAACGCCGCGAAGAUAAUCUCCGUGCCCAAUACUACCGGCAACAGUUCCAGCAGCAGUACAUGUAUCCACAUACACAGAUGCAACCGCAACAACAACAGCAACAGCCGGGCACGCCGGCCCCGCCUUACUAUAAUCAUGCUUAUGCUGUGGGGCAGCAGCCUGUGGCGAUGAACGAAGGAGAGUAUGGAUACUCGGAAUCGAUGAUGAAGAAGCCGGAGCCGGUGGUUUAUCCGGUGCAGCAGCAGCAUCCGGGAUCGGAGGUGGUUUAGUUAGGAUUGUCUUGGGUUUGAUGGGCUUAUAGGUGUUGUACUUGUUUAUUUAGUUGUUCGUUGGAUAUGC